GAUACGGAAUUCAGAAAAGCAAUCGAGGCUAGCAUGGAUCUUCUUCACCAUUCAUUUAGCUAAUCUCACAUGGAACUAUUUUAGCUGUAUUUGGUGUACAUACGAUUUGUUGUCGAUCUCAAACCCCCAAGAAUUCUAAGUUUUCUUGCGAAAUCCCAGGAACCAGCUCCUUUUUGGAUUCUUGCAAACUAGUGAGCCACUUUAUUUCUAUAUUUUACCAGCAAUGGCAUCUGGUUUGCAGUCAACUACUUUCGUCUUCUUCUUCAUUAUCACACUGGUUCUUAUCCCAGCCACACACGCCGUUCCCUUCAUCGUAUUGCACGGCAUUGGUGAUAAAUGCACUCAUCGAGGAAUCUCCGAAUUCACUGAGGUUUUAAGCAAGUGGUCUAAUUCUCAAGGCUACUGCGUUGAAAUCGGAGAUGGAUCUUGGGAUUCAUGGACAAUGCCUCUCUCUGAACAGACAUCAAUUGUUUGUGAGAAGGUGAAAAAAAUGAGUGAACUUAGCAAGGGUUACAAUAUAGUUGGACUGUCUCAGGGUAAUUUGAUUGGUCAAGGGGUUAUUGAAUUUUGUGAUGGAGGGCCCCCUGUCAAGAAUUUCAUAUCAAUGGGAGGGCCCCAUGCUGGUACGGCGUCAAUUCCCUUUUGCGGAUCUGCUCUGAUAUGCUUACUUCUGGAUAGCAUAAUCAAGCUUGGAAUCUAUAGCAACUAUUGCCAGGAACACUUGGCUCCUAGUGGUUAUGUUAAAAUUCCAACUGACAUGACUGACUAUCUUGAAGGAUGUAGAUUCCUCCCGAAACUCAACAAUGAAAUCGAUGGUUUGAGAAAUUCUACUUACAAGGAGCGGUUUGCCAGUUUGCAGAAUCUGGUUCUUAUAAAGUUUGAGGAUGAUACAGUUUUGAUACCGAAGGAAACAGCCUGGUUUGGUUAUUAUCCAGACGGGGCCUUUAGUUCCGUAUUGCCCGUACAAGAGACCAAGCUCUAUAAGGAAGACUGGAUUGGCUUGAAAACCUUGGAUGAAGCUGGAAAAGUUAAAUUCGUAAACGUGUCGGGUAAUCAUCUACAGAUCUCGAGAAGUGACAUGAAGAAGUACAUGGUACCAUAUUUGGCAGCCCAGACAGCCGUAUCAACAGGGCACACAUUGACAGAAGCUUCAUCUUAUGAAUGGAUUUCAAGAGUUGGCUACUUUUUCAAGGAUCUAAUUGGCUUGAAUGAGAAUCAACCUUUGCUGCAUACCAUGUACUAAAACCCAAGUGUUUCUUGUCUGAACAAGAUGACAUGUGGGAAAAACUACCUAUCAAGAUGUGUAACUCUGUAUACAUUUUUCUCGAAAUUGAAAUAUGUUUGAUGUUAUGAACCCA